AAUAGAACGAAAAAUUUAAUUUACGUCGUAGAAGAUAAAUAUUAUUAAUGUAAAGUUUUUUAUUAAAAUGUAAGAAAGAAAAUUUCUGUGAAAGACAAUUCCGUGAACCACGCAUGCGCGUAACUUCUAACUUUGAGAUUAAAUCGAAGAGUACUGCUUCACACUGCCAUUCUGUCUGUGUGAGUGAGUGUGGCUGCAUGUUGCAUAUGUAUGUCGUGUCACGGGUUUCUCCAAUUACCAAUAAUACGAGAGUAGUAUUGAAAGAUCUUGCUCGUUCUAAUAACCCUUCUUAUUUUCGCGUAUUAUCUUUCGUACAAUAUAAACAUAUUUGCGUCCAAUUAAAAGAAACUACAUUAUUGUCAGAUAGGUUCCGUAGAUCGAUUGAUUGAAAAGUUCAAGCGGAUCGCGGAGCUUUCGAUUUUAGUUACUUAUCGAGUUUAUAAAUGCUUACAUGUGUAUACAUAUGUAGAUAGAUGCGUUUUUCGUCAUGCACGAUCAGACUUUCGGUAUUGAUAUCUUAGAAUGAUAUAUAAAUGUCGAUAUUUGGCAUCGCUUAUUUCUCUUUGCUCUGGUUUAUCUAUAACAUACAUAAAGGCUGUAACUAAAGUAUUAAGGAUUGUAGUGAACUUGAGCAAGACUUUCCGACAAUCUUUUAUAUGAUCGUGCAGUAAAAUAAUAACGUGAAAUGGCAGAGGAGUGCAACGAGGUUAAAUCAGCAGGACCAUCUUCGCCAAGAAGUCCACUUAGCAAUGGAACAGGCGUAAAAGCUUGUAGUCCGCAUUCUCCGAGGCAACCAAGGCGUAUAAAGCUAACAGGACAACAAUUGGAUAACUUAACGAAAGACGAAUUGGCAGCCAAAUGGCAAGAACAGGAUUUAUAUGUGGAAUAUCUAGAGGCCCAAGCAGCAGCUCAGGAAGGUGAAUUAGCUUCGUUGAGAGAAUCCGAGGAUAAGUUCAGACAGCAACAUAUCGAUGCAUCUCAUCGUGAAAAAAUCUUAGUGAGGAGGCUUGCCUCUAAAGAACAGGAACUGCAAGAAUGUGUUAAUCAAAUAUCUGAAAUGAAAGCAGCCCAAGUUCCAUCUGCUGCUUCAUUAAGGUCUGCUUUGUUAGAUCCAGCUGUAAAUAUUUUGAUACAAAAAUUAAGGCAAGAAUUGGUCACAACAAAAGCUAAAUUAGAAGAUACACAGAGUGAACUAAGUGCAUGGAAAUUCACACCAGAUAGUAAUACUGGAAAAAGAUUAAUGGCCAAAUGUAGAUUAUUAUAUCAAGAAAAUGAGGAAUUGGGUCGAAUGAUAGCUAGUGGAAGAAUUGCUAAAUUAGAAGGUGAACUCGCAUUACAAAAAAGCUUCAGCGAAGAAGUUAAAAAAUCUCAAUCAGAGCUAGACGAAUUUCUUCAAGACCUAGAUGAAGAUGUGGAGGGUAUGCAAAGUACAAUUUAUUUUUUGCAACAAGAAUUACGUAAAGCACGAGAGUCGGUUAUUUUACUGCAACAAGAAAAUGCGGUAUUGAAAAUAACUGGCGCUGCCGGUACCGGUGAAAAUAAUUCAACAAAUUUAACUAACGGAUUGUCGCCUCAUACAUCUUCAAUUAAAAAGGAAAAAUCAGAGGAGAACAUAGCUAUAGAAGUAAAGAGCUCGAAACUCUUAAUAGAAGAAAGUGAUAUGUGUAAAGCUACGAGAACUUCACCGUUACUAGAUAAUAAUAAACUACUUCAAAGUGAGCGCGCAAGUAUUGAAAGAGGAGUAGAGCGAAUAGACAGAAAAAUAAAUCAAACAGAUCAUAAUGACGAAAGUUCGAGCGAUUCGGCUGCUUUAAUAAUCAAAGUCGAAAAUGAAGAGUUAAGUGAUAGGGAAGAAGAUCACGAGGAAAAUCGAAAUAACAAAAAAACAUUGAGGACUAAGAGUUAUGAUAAAUACAGUGGAAAAACGAAUGGGGAUGAAGUAUUGACUAGAGCGACUAGGGGUAGGGAAAGGACAAAAAGGGACAAAAGUGCACCAAGCAGUGACGACGAAAGGACGCAUAAAAAGAAAAGAAGAGAAAGUGUUCUUUCUCUGGAUUAUAACGACGCUGACGAUGAUGCAUUAGUUCUGACCAAUGGUGAGACUCUUCAAAGUGAUCCCGAGUGAAUAAUCCCUAUUCUGCAUUAUCGUUUCACCGCACGUAAUUUGUUAGAAAAAUAACGUGGUUCGCAAUAUAGAAUUAAUGUCCAUUGUACAAAAACAGAAUUUGUACUUAUUUCUUGGUAACAAAAUUCUGUGCUAUUCUAAUCCUGUAGUAUUAUAGUUCGUAUACUAAUUAUCAUGUGUAACUUUGUACUUCUGAUACUAUUGGUGAUUCUUCAAUUGAGUCAAAUAAGCUAUUAUCUCAUUUUCAUAUUUCUUUAAAUCACUCUCUGUGUAUAUUAUAUUAUAUUAUAUUGUA